CUCUGAUUGGUCACAACGCUCUGACGCUUCUGAUUGGCCGGGCUCACUACCAUCCCAGAGUGCUGUGGGGCACUUCCUCCUUUCCCGGCCGUGAGCCCUCGGAGGAGGCCUUUCGGCCGCAGCCAUGGCGCCCAGCCGGAAUGGCAUGAUCCUGAAGCCCCACUUCCACAAGGACUGGCAGCGGCGCGUGGCCACGUGGUUCAACCAGCCGGCUCGCAAGAUCCGUAGACGCAAGGCCCGGCAGGCCAAGGCGCGCCGCAUCGCCCCGCGCCCAGCGUCCGGUCCUCUCCGGCCGGUGGUGAGAUGCCCGACGGUCAGGUACCACACGAAGGUUCGCGCCGGCAGGGGCUUCAGCCUGGAGGAGCUUAGGGUGGCCGGCAUCCACAAGAAGGUGGCCCGGACCAUUGGGAUCUCGGUGGACCCGAGGCGGCGGAACAAGUGCACGGAGUCCCUGCAGGCCAACGUGCAGCGGCUCAAGGAGUACCGCUCCAAGCUUAUCCUGUUCCCCAGGAAGCCCUCGGCCCCCAAGAAGGGAGACAGCUCUGCUGAAGAGCUCAAACUGGCCACUCAGCUGACUGGACCUGUUAUGCCCAUACGGAACGUCUAUAAGAAGGAGAAAGCCAGAGUCAUCACAGAGGAGGAGAAGAACUUUAAGGCAUUUGCUAGUCUCCGCAUGGCCCGUGCCAACGCCCGGCUCUUUGGAAUCCGGGCAAAAAGGGCCAAGGAAGCCGCAGAACAGGAUGUUGAAAAGAAAAAAUAAAGUGCUGUUGGCAACUUAUGAUAAA